UGCCCAUCGGUAGUGUUUUGGUUGCGAUGAAAGAAACUUGAGACAUUACUUUUUUCGUGAGAGCUGUUCUCCCAAAUAUGUUUAUUUCUUUUGAUCGAAGUAAAAAGAAGCUUGGCAUUUGAAAAAAUAUGGCCUUUAAGUUAUCAAUAGAAGCGGCUGAAUUUGUACCUGGACCAAAGAGGAACGCGCCGCCACAAACCGACGCUAAUCAUGGUGGUAGAUCCGCUUUUAGCGUUAGGCCUAAACGCGAAACACCUUAUCCAAGUAUAGGGAUGUCUCAUUUUGAACACCCACAGACAAAUAUGAACCCGAUGGGUCAUUCAUGGAACAUGUCGGCACCAGAAUUUGUACCAGCUUACAUAUGCCCAACUCUGAUUAGAGGCUGCCUGCCACAGAACCAGACUUUUGGGAACCAAAGCAAACACCACAUGUUGCAGGACAAACAACGACCUAGAGACUACAUGUUUGAAAGUAAACGAAAUGAAAAAUUUGCCAACGGUACUGCUUCUAAAGGACCAAGAAAGAAUGCUAAGAAACAACAAAAAGAUGAGCCUGCUCAACCCUUAGAGUCAAGAAACUGGAGGGUAGUCUCAAGCAAUAAUCCAAAUAACACAAGAUCAAAAGCUCAUGGAACAAAUUAUGGUACAGUUGAUAAGAAAAAUGUCUCUUUUUCUAAUGCUGCACUGAAAUCUGAAAAUACAAAGGCUGUACAAGCGACCUCGUCCAGUCUUGAUUAUUCUGAAAAUUUCAGUAACAUGCAUGCAAAGAGACGUGAAAUUGGAGAAGGUACUAGUAUGAGAGCAGAACAUAGCCAAUCGUCGCCGCAAAUAUCAAGCAUUAAGUCAGUAAACAAGGCAGAAGAAAGUGAAAGAGUUGGUAUGAGCUGGAGCAAAAUUGUACAAAGUAAACCAACCAGCAAACAAAUUGAUACGAAACCUUCUAUGGAUAAUAAAGACAGGAUUGCAGUUGCUACAAAAACUGAUGCCAGGAGACAAGACGGACUUAUUCAAGGAAAGAAUGGAGUUAGAUUUAAGGAUCGAGGUGACCAUUGGUCUAACAAGGUCGCUAGUAAUGUUCAUUCCGAUAUUAGAGGAAAUUAUGCGAAAGAAAAUCAUCAUUACCGCCCUUCUGAGUGGCGAGGUCAGAGGCGAGAUAUAAAGAAUGAGGGAGCGAGAAAUCAAAUCAGAAAUUCAUGGGGUGAUGAUUUAGAAUGGAGAAGGGAUUCUGCUGAAUCAAAAAGGGAGGUUACAAAAAACAGACCAACGUCGUAUUACGAUAGGGGUAAAGCUACAGAUAGAAAUUGGAAAGAGAAAAAGCUACUCUGGAAAAAAACGGGGAUGGUGACAGAGAAUUAUCAAUACAAAUUUGUAACAAGAAAGUUCAGUGAAGAAGUAAAGGAAAAACUACUCGGGAACACUCAAGAGUUUUUUGAACAUGAAUACAAUGACAGUCCUAAAAGUCAUGCUAACAGAACCAGAGGUUGGUAUAGCAUGGAUUGGGGCUUGGAGUCACAAUGCAAGCGAGCAGUAGAUAACAAAUUCCACCAUGAUGAAAUUUUAGAUGAUGAUAAAGUUGCCAGCACGUGGGAAGCUUGUGACGUGUCAAAAUCUGCUCAAAGUUUAACAAACAGGCCCAUUAUUACCCCAGAUAAAACAUGCAUUCGUUGUGGGCAGACUAAACCGGUACCCUACAAUAUGGCUGCAAGACAGACCACGAAGAACAUUGAAGAUGAGAAAUAUUGUAGUAUUUGUCUCAAGAAAAAUUCAAACUAUUUGUCAGGAAAUUUUAAAAUUACUGGUGCUGAAGGAAGAUCUUUUUCUAAUAUUGCUAAUGAUGAUAGGAGGCGUGUUCAAAUUAUGAAUGAUAAAAGUCAGCCAGCAGCUAUUUCUGUAAGAAGUAAUUUACGUACUGGGGAGAAUGGAGAAAACCAGGAGACGAAGGUGAGGCUUGAUGAAAAAGAGAUUCUGACUGAUGAACUUAAAGAUCUCGAUGCUUGUAAGGAGAUGCAUAAAAGUGAUACUUUUGCUAAUAGUCGUCACGAAUAUCUUCAGGAUCUUGAAGAAGAUGACUCUGAUGAUGGCUGGGUUACGGUCGAAGUGAAACCUAAAAGAAAAGCUACAAGAGAACAAAUUGUACAUGAUAACAAACACAAGUCAAGCCCCGUUAAACAAAGGCCGUCUGAUAAGGUUGACAGUAGUUCCAUGAUAAAAACAACAACAGGGUCUGAAUCUGUGGGCAAAGGUGCUAAGAAAAAAACUGGUGUUAAAAGUUCUGCUGAAGACAACAAACAGACCCAAGAAAAGGCAAAAAGUAAUGCGAAAACCAAGAACAGGAAAAAAAGCUCAAAACGGAAAGUAAAUACGCUAUAUGAAAAUGAUCAAAAGAAAAUCAAAGAAUUUAAAAUGAGACAAAUGAUAGAAGAAAAUUUAAAGCUUGAUCUAUUAGAAAUGACGAGAACAAGGCGACCUAACGAUGCUCCAGCAACAACCGAAGUAGAGGUUGGGAAGAAAGAGGAAUGGCCUGCAAUCGGAAAUCCAAAUAUCUCAUCUGUAAAUAUUCUUUCAUUUUCUGAAGCAUUGAAGAAAAAAGCCCAACCUAAGCCGGCUCCUCAAGUCGUGCAACCAAGGAAAGCAGGGAUGCUCGUUGUCGACCCUUCGAAACUAACUCCGGAACAGAAAAUGGAGUUGAAAAGGAAGAAGAUGAAAGAAAAACGAAAAGUGAAGAAGAAGGAACGCAAAGAAAGGAAACGAACAGAGAAGGAAGAAAAUACCGAAAUUGAUACGGAAAAGACUGUUUUUGAAAAUAAAUCAUCAUUUAAACUGGACCUUGGCGAUAUGUUUGAUAUGCUGCUGAAAUCAUCGGCUGAGAAAAGCCAAUCAUCAAAUGCACAAACAAAAUCAUCGAGGCACGUGGUUUUUUCUGCUGGAGUCGUGUCCGUAGCAAGUGGCCUAGCCAAGAAAAAUAAACCUGACGGAAGCAAACAUGAGUCAACGAGAGGAAGGUUGUCUGGCAAUGCUUUAGACUUCAACCAGCAUAUGAAGAUGAGUGGGAAAGAAAGAGAAACGCCGAAACGAAAAAGGCCAACAUUAUUAAAGAGGGUCAUUCUUGCUGCGAGAGAAGCAAAGAGGAAAGCAAGGGAGGCUAAAAUGAACGAAGAUGUUGCAGCAAGUGGCAAUAAAGAUCCCGUUCCAUCAACAUCAUCUCAAACUGAAGAAGCAACUCAAGGCGAUUCAGAAUUGCCAUCUAAAGAAGUAUUAAAAACAGAAGGUGGUGCUGAAGAGAGUUAUAGCAUAAAACAAGAGGAAGAGCUGGAAGCGGAAGCAGUUCAAGAAACAAAAGACAUGGCAAUCGCUGCUCCACUAACAGAUCUUCCAGAGGAAAUUAUCGCCAGACUCCAUACUAGGAAAUUUAGAGAGUACUGUGACCAGCUGUUGAGCAAAGACAUUGAUCAGAUUGUUUACAAAAUGCUCAAAGAUUUGCGACGAUUUCAGACAAGAGCUUACAUAGAAAAUCCUAUCAAGGCAAAAACCAAAAAGCGUCUGGUACUUGGCAUCCGAGAAGUGGCACGGCACUUAAAAAUGAGCCGUCUAAAAUGCGUUAUAAUUGCUCCAAAUCUUGAGAAAAUUACAAACGAAGGAGGCAUUGAUAGCUAUCUUGGUAAAAUCAUAUUCGACUGUAAGCAGUUUUCCAUACCUGUGGUUUAUUCAAUGACCAGACAAAUACUUGGGAUGAUUUUAAAGAGAAACGUACCAGUCAGUGCGAUUGGCAUCUUGAACUACGCCGGUGUAGAGGACGACUUUAAACAGCUAUGUGCAUUAGUGAAAGAACAAAGAGAAAAAUACGAAAGAAGAGUAGAAGAAUUGAAAAUAGAAAUGAGUCAGCCUCGAUCCGAAACUCCUGGAAAAACUUCAAAACGAAGCCCAAAACAACGAACCUACCCCAGCGUUCCAGGGCAACAGGUGUAUGCAUGGAACCCCGAGGUGAUACCAUUCGUGCCGCAAGGUGUUAUGUAUAAUUAUUAUACAUCUAACAUGAUCGAAACGAAGUUCACAUUUAAUAAUACGUGAAUAUCACGUGUACAUGCGUUGAAGUAUUGUAAAUUUGUUUUAGUGGAGUCUAUUGAUAGCGUUUCAAAAAGUUGUUGACCUUCUACCAAACCUGAAGUUUAUCACCUUAACCUACCUCAUUUCAACACAACGCGAAAUUACUGAAAUAAACAGCUGGACAGUUUUCUGUACCAGAUAUAACAUAUAGAUAGGGAUCUUUCCAGGGGUGUGGUAGAGGGUGUGGUAACUCCCUUCACGGAUGUUAAGUUAGGUAAAUUUCUUACUUGUGAACUAAUCUUUAAACAUGGCAGUGGAUUUUCCUUGAUUGAGCAAUUUCAACUCGGCUUUUUAAGAGAGGAAUAAUGAGGUUACUCCAAAGUUUUUAGCUCUUUAAUCCCAGCAAUUAGCCUAAUAUAGACCAAACCUAGCAAAAUUGCAAACUAAUGAACACUUGCAAAAUUGAAAUCUUGAAUUCAGUCCAGAAGAUUUUUCGUCAGGUUGCUGAAUUUUCGUCAAAGCUAAUACUCGUACAUUAAGAAUAAGGUAACAUAAUGCCAAGAAGGUAUUUUAGGUAUUUUAGGAAAAUUCAACCUGAUUAUCUUAUGGAGAUUUGAUUGAAGUAUUUCAUCAUAUUUUUUGUGACUUUCGAAAGCUGUGGCUUUCUAAAAAGGUAUAUAUUUUAAUUUCAUAUUCUCUGGUAGUAUAGACCUAAAAAAGGUAUCUUGACAGUU